UUGAACUCUAAAUUUCUAUUCCUAUUUGCGUAAUAAUCGUCCUUCCUCGCUAUCAGCAAAACAUAACAAACAGCAGCUGACGAACGUAAACCACAAGUCAUACGAUACACGAUACCAUACUACAAAUACUCAGUCAGUCUCAGUCAUAACUUUGCUUGCGUUGCGUCGUGUUCUUUGUUCUCUUAUAAACUACAACUGAGCAAUGGCUUUGUGGAUAUACGGUGUGUUUUUGUUCAUAAGCCCAUGCUUAAGUUAUAAGCCGGUGGUUUUAAUACAUGGAGUGAUGACGGGCGGCGGCAGCAUGGAAAUGAUUGCGCACAGAAUCCAAGAGAAACAUCCAAACACAACCGUGUACAACUGCAACAGGUUUGAGAGCUGGUCUAGCCUGGAGAACAUGUGGCACCAAGUGCUGGAAAUUGGUCAGGAUGUCGCCAACAUCUCGGCGAGGCAUCCGGAGGGCAUUAACCUUAUAGGGUAUUCUCAAGGUGGCCUGAUAGCCCGAGGCAUCGUCCAGACAUUCCCCAAUGUCUCCGUCAGCACCUUCAUCUCUCUCAGCUCACCACAGGCUGGACAAUAUGGAGCCGGUUUCCUUCACCUAGUAUUCCCCGGACUAUUAAAGGAGAGUGCAUAUGAGUUGUUCUACUCCCGAGUGGGCCAGCACACGUCAGUGGGAAACUAUUGGAACGAUCCCUACCAUCAGACCUUGUAUGAGACAUACAGCGUGUACCUGCCUUACAUCAACAACCAUAUUGCGUCAGCGAAGACGACUGAUUUCAAGAGCAAUUUGCUUAGGCUAAAACGUUUUGUUUUGGUCGGAGGACCUGAUGAUAACGUUAUUACUCCUUGGCAAAGCAGUCAAUUCGGGUACUACGACGCCAACGAAACUGUAAUCGAAAUGAGAGACCAGCCGAUUUACAAAGAAGACAAAAUUGGACUUCAAGAACUGGACAAGAAUGGAAAACUCCACAUCGUCACUGUACCCGGAAUCAACCAUUUCAACUGGCACAUGAAUGUUAGUAUAGUUGACGACUAUUUAUUGCCAUAUUUAGAUUAAUUUAUUUAGGUUUUCAUUUUAUUACGCCGUAAACUGGGCAAUUUUGUUUAGUUCCAUGUUUGUCCGUGGCGCUACUAAUAGUUCCGCAGUAUGUCAGUAGAUGGCGCUUAAAUCAAUCUUACAUACUUUAGUUAGUCAUUUCCCGUAGAAAUGUAGUAGCGCCACUUAUUAGUAUCACAUUAUAUCAAUAGAUGUCUCUGUGAUAAAUUCUUAUGAAUAGCUUGUAAAUUGCAGUCUAAACUAUAUUUUUGUAAAAUGUAGAUCUGAACUGUACAAGCUUUUAUUAUCGUACAAAAAAAUCAGCCAUAUUUUUUCACGAUUUACAUAUAUCUUUGAUUUGGAUUCGGCUGUAAUUUAGAAUUAGAUAGUAGAAUUGUAUAUCUAAGAGGGAUUUAAUAUUUUGAAUACUCUCACCCAAGUAUUUUGGCUAUUUACCAAAUAAUAGCUCAAUUUUAGGAUAUAAGCUUGCAUUCUGACUUUAAUAAUGGAGGUUUUUCUUAUAAUCAACUCUUAAAUAAUUAAUUUACUCAAUACUUAUUCUUAUUAAUUUAUACAUCUGCAAUACUAAUUUUAUAUGUAGUGCCGUUCAUUUUUAUAAAAAUCAUGAUUUGAAUAUGCGCGUGUGUGUGUGUGUUUAUGAGAACAAUUUAUUUUAUCUACGCACAUAUCAUAAACCAACAUUAAGAUAAACUGUUUUGUUACAGCAAAUUUCUUAUUUGUGUAAAUGUUUUAAUAGCUUCAUUAUUAUAUCAAAAUCGAUUUCCUAAUGACAAUCCAAUUUCGAACAUCUCUGAAAAAACAGCAAUUUGAUUAGACCCCUAUUCUAAUAUCAGUCGAGAUGACGUUUUCUUCGAAAUGAAAUUUUUCUGUGUAGGUAGCUCUUUCUGCCACAGACAGUCCGCUGUUUCAAUCUUUUAUCUUAAUUUUCAAUAUUUUAAUACCGGUGCUGUGACAAGUGCCAGGUCUGAUUUUAGACAUAUUCAUAUCGUAGAUAAGGCUAUGCAUUUUGUAAUAAAUUUGUUUAUAAUUGUCAACACGUGUCACCAGCGACGUCGAGUGAAGUGGCGCGACGUUGCCGGACUUCGUUCGACAUGUCUGGCAACAUCGCGCGUCACAUGUCGCCAGUGUGUGUCAUAAGUCGUGCUAUGUCGCCAUUAUGUCGGGCGAAGUUUCGUCAAGUCGCACGUCUUUGCCUGACGUCGAACAUAUAGUUGGUCAAGCAAAUGUUGAUGUUGUCAGUACAAAAAGGCGCGAAAUUCAAAUUAUCUAUGGGACGAUAUCCCUUCGCGCCUAAUUUUUUUUAAAUUUGCCGCCUUUUUCUACUGAUAAGGUUUGCUUGGUCAGCUAUAAGUCGCUCGAUAUCGCCAGAUAUGUCAAGCAAAAUCGCUCGACUUCGCUUGACAUGUCGCGGACACGUGUCGCGGGACAUUUGUCCCCUAGCCCUGUCUUUAAAUGUGCCAUUUUCAACCAAAAGGGUACUUAUUGUCGGUUGUCAGUAAGGCGCUAUUUUCAUAUAGCUUCAAUUAGCAAUCAACCUUAUCGACAAGCGACAGUGUGGUACCUUUUGGUUGAAAACGUCACAAAUUGUGUCAUUAUAACUAUUAUACUCUGUAGGUAUUUGUAAAUCCGGAUU